GCGGGCUGCGCGCUGUCGCUUCCGCUCGCACAGCUGACGGGCUCGUGCCGCCCGCACCAUGUCCGCUCCCUGCCGCCCGCACAGCCCGCCCGCAGAGACACAGAGGCUGCUGACCCCUGUGAAUAGCUAUGGGUCUCAAGACGGGGGGGCCGGGCCGGGCGUGGGCUCCGCCUCCCUCCUGCCUGAGGAGGAAGACUUGCGCAGGCGCCUCAAGUACUUCUUCAUGAGCCCAUGUGACAAGUUCCGCGCCAAAGGCCGCAAACCCUUCAAGCUGGUGCUGCAGAUCAUCAAGAUCAUCAUUGUCACCAUCCAGCUCAUCCUCUUUGGGCUCAGCAAUCAGAUGGUGGUGACAUUCAAGGAGGAGAACACCAUUGCUUUCAAACACCUGUUUCUGAAGGACUAUGUGGAUGGGUCGGAGGACACAUAUGCUGUCUAUACGCAGAGGGACCUCUAUGAUCACAUGUUCUAUGCCGUGGAGAAGUACCUGGCCAUUCCUAACGAGACGAUCGGGCGCUACGCCUACGUGCAUGGGGAGUGCAGCGGGAACCAGUCGGCCCUCAUGUUGUGCCAGCAGUACUAUCGCAAAGGGCAGAUCGACCCUGCCAAUGACACUUUCAACAUCGACCCCAAGAUCAUCACAGACUGCCUGGGUGUGGACCCCAUAGAAAGGAUGCCUUGGCCCCUGCAGUCCCACCCCAGCUACCGGAACUUCACCCUCAAGUUUCACAAGCUCAUUAAUGUCACCAUCCAGUUUAAACUGAAGGCCAUCAACAUCCAGACGAUCAUUAACAAUGAGAUCCCUGACUGCUACACCUUCACCAUUACUAUCACGUUUGACAACAAGGCUCACAGUGGCCGGGUGAAGAUCAGCCUGGACAACAAAGCUGACAUUAAAGAGUGCAAGGACCCCAGCAUCUAUGGCCGAGGAGACAACACCUUCCGCAUCUUCUUCGACGUGGCUGUGAUCUUUGUUUGUGUGCUGUCCUUCAUCCUGUGUGCCCGCUCCAUCAUCCGGGGCUUGAUACUGCAGCAUGAGUUGGGCCAUUUCUUUCAGAGACGUUACAACCAGGACGUCUGCCUGUCAGACCGCAUGGAGUUUGUGAAUGGCUGGUAUAUCCUGCUGGUGGUGAGUGAUGUCCUGACAGUGUCCGGGACCAUCAUGAAGAUUGGAAUUGAGUCAAAGAACUUUGCCAGCUAUGACGUGUGCAGCAUCCUUCUGGGCACCUCCACUCUCCUGGUCUGGGUCGGGGUCAUCCGCUACCUCAGCUUCUUCCAGAAAUACAAUAUUCUCAUAGUGACCAUGAGGGUCGCCCUCCCCAACGUGAUCCGCUUCUGCUGCUGUGUUGCUGUCAUUUACCUGGGCUACUGCUUCUGCGGGUGGAUCGUACUGGGCCCAUACCAUGUCAAGUUCCGCACCCUCUCCAUGGUGUCCGAAUGCCUCUUCUCCCUCAUCAACGGGGAUGAUAUGUUCGUGACCUUUGCUGAGAUGCAGCAGAACAGCUACCUGGUGUGGCUCUUCAGCCAGCUCUACCUCUAUACCUUCAUCAGCCUCUUCAUCUACAUGGUGCUCAGCCUCUUUAUUGCACUCAUCACCGGCUCCUAUGAGACCAUCAAGCACCAAUGUGAGGGUGAUGUGCCCAUCACACAGCUCCAUAUGUAUAUUGCCGAAUGCAAAGACAGCCCAGGGUCUGGCAAGUUCCGCCGUGAGAGCAGCUCCUCCUGCUCGGUUUUCUGCUGCUGCGAGCGGGCUCCACUGCAGGACAACACACUGGUGGUGAAUUGACAACGCAGCUGCGGGAGAGCCUGAUCUGUGUACCUAUGCGGGAGAGCGCUGUCUGCUGUACUGCUGGGGAACUGAGCCUGUACAUGGAACUGCCUGGAGGGGACUGGUCAUGGGGACAGUCCCAGCCCUGUGACCGCACCCACUGGCAGCUGCCUCCCUGGCUGGACUCCAAGGACUGGUAGCAGGAGUGGGGCUGUGUGGCCCCCAAGCAGAGACAUGGGUGAGCUCUGUCCACCAAGAUGAACCCUGGAUCUGCUGAGUCAGCCCUUAGCUAUAGCACCAGCUGGGCUCUGCUCCGUGUGUGCUGGCCACGUGGGCUGGAACCUUGGGCCACAGCUUUUAUGUAGCACAUUUUUUAUUUACCUUCUGGCUUUUACCAGGCUGUGUGAUCCGGUAGGGGAGAGGAAAAGGGCUGAGGACCCCCCCUUUGUCACCGCCUUGGGUUGGGGGAGGGAGGGGAAAUGGCGUGGCUCUUCACAUGGAGCCAUGCAAAAAUGGAACCUGAAUGAGAUGAGCACUGCAGUGAUGCCAGCACUCCUGUCCCGUGGCAGUGCCAUCCCUGAGCAGAACCCUCCCUUGUCCCUUGCAGCCCGGGGCCCAGCAGAGACUGCUGAGUUUAUGUAGCGGAAGGAGCUCCCCUGAUGGAGCCCUUCCUCCCUUAGGCAGGGGAAGCCCAGCUUUGCAGUGGGCUAGGAGAGUUCGGGAAAGAUACUGCUCUCCAGACCUUGUUGUUGCUCUUGAGGACCCUCCCCACCCCCGUUGGGAACUGGUGCCAUCCGAGGGGCUGUGUUCUGGGUUCUCUGUCAUUCUGCAUCUUGCUUUUUCCAGUCCCCGCUCUCUUCUGACUGCUGGCCUGUCUGCUGCAGAGAGACCCUACUGAGGGCAUCACUAAGUUGCACUGUGCUGGGUGCUGUCGGCAGCCUGGACACUUGAUAGGCUGGGUUUAGUUUUGAAGGUGUUUCUAAAAUGUUUUCAAGCUGCCUCUUCCCCCCGGCCCCCAAAUGCCAUGCCUGGGGGGAAGGUGGGGAGGAGAGAACUGGGCCCUUCCUGCUGCCUCAGGAUGUUUAAAAAAGCCUUUUGGGCCUUUA